UUGAAAGUGGAGCCAAGUUUCAGCCGUCCCUGGAAACCAGAUGGGGUCCGAGAGUGCCCCGCGUGCUCGCCUUCGAACAUAUUCCACGCAGUGUUAGUGUUCACGGGAACGAGUAACCUGUCGUACGUUUUUAUCUCUCUAUCGCGAUAAGUAUCACGUUCACCGGAGCGGCUCGUGAGGACGUUGUCCACCUCGGUCAUCGCGCAACGAGAGAGUAAUCUUCGAUACGUUUCAUUCGCGAGGCAAUCGUCUUGAGGAAUAGGGAACGUCUCGCGGAAGCUUCGUUCAAGACGAUCGUCGUCGUCGAUUUUUGCAAAUUUCCGCGCGAUAGUUAAACUGGAUCGACGAGCAUGAAGAUCGCCACGACCUUGUUCCUGUUCGUAGUAGUCGGAUGCACGUGGCGAGAGAUACUAGGGACAUGCGUGUUUCAAUCGGACUUUGGUUUCGUGCUUAACUGUGCCUUCCGCAAGUCCGGACUUUUUCGAGUAAGAAAUCUCGGAGGUGUCAAAGGUUACGUCGGCCUGGGAUUUUCCGUGGGCGACGAACUUGGAUUUUCUCAGUCCUUAUCCAACUUGGAGGCUGCCAAAAGAAGAAGCGUGCAGACUAACAGAGUCGGUUCAUCGUCCUAUAUCAGUUCGGCUACCAAUCGAGAUGAAGUCAGGCAGAACACUCGACAAGUGGUGCCUCCCUUCAAACCUUUGCCAGCUGGAGCAACACGGCCGAUAGCUCAGCAACCGGAACGUCAAAAGUUGGUUGUACAACAAAAUUCCACAGCUCUGCGAACCGUGCCCGCUCCUUCAUUCUCAGCAGCACAGCAAGAUUUACUAAGGCAACAGCAGCUGAUGCACCAGGAAGCGAAGCAGAAGCAACAAUUGAAACUCCAGCAGGAAGCUUUCGCGUUGCAGGUGCUGAAGCAACAGAGGUUACAACAGCAGGAAGCUAUGAGGCAGCAACAGCUGCAGAAACUUCAGAAACAGCAGCAAAUAAUGGCGCAACAGCAGAUGGUGGCGCAGCAACAGAAGAGGCAUCAACAGAUAGUGCCGAUGCAAGUUAAAAGAGAUCAGACACCGCAGUUGCUCGCAGUUGCCGCGGCAAUGCCAGGAAAAUUACCGAACAUUGUUGCUGCGAUUCCACCAGCUGACAGCAUCGUGGAAUCCUCCUCAAAACCAACGUCCUCGAGUGAUGGUCUGCCACCCUUCAUCUCAAUGCCACAGUCGUCCGCGCAGCUAACCGAUCGAAUUAGCAAUAGCCCUUCUAUUUUGGAGGAUUCUGACAAUGAAGUAUCGAAAGACGACACCAAUCAGCUUCCGUUGCCCGGAGACGAGGCUGCUUCGUCGGUCAACGAGAUGACAUUGCUUUCGCUUCAAUCGUCUGAAUCCACGUCUCAGCAGCAACAGACGGACAAACGGCAACCAGCGUCAUCGUUACCGUCCUUGACGCCUAUUCAAGGAAUGGAGACGUCGUUGAAAGCUUUGGCAGAGGCCAGCAACAUCACUCUGGAAGCACUGGAAGCCGCCAUUCUUCUCAGGCAGCAGCAACUUUUACGGAAACAGCAAGGGCCGACCAGUACCAGUACCACGACGACCACAACUGUGUCUCCGCAUAGAAAUAAAUAUAAUUCCGGUGUCACCAAAGUAAUGAACGCGCCUCGUGAAUAUUAUCCGAUGGGCUACGACAAGAAUUUCGACGACAACUUCGCCAGUCGUGUCGAUCUCCCAGACACAAGCUUCUACUGCGGCGACCAGAAACAUUUUCCGGGCCUCUACGCCGACGAAGAUCUUGGAUGCAUGGUGUUUCACGUCUGCGCACUGACAGACGACGGCCUGAUCAUGAAGAGUUUCCUCUGCCCGGAAUCGACGUUGUUCGACCAGACGAUACUCAAGUGUAACUGGUGGUUCUACGUGGACUGCAAAGCAUCGAGAAGCUUGUACGAUAGCAAUAUUCCAAUUAGCAAGAGCUACCAGCUGAUGAAAGCUCUGGCGUUCUUCUCGGCGUACAAAAAUCACGACAAUAGUACAACCGUUGCCCAAGAGAGCGCAAAAAGCUCAGAAUAGACGUAGAAUGCCUCGCCACAACGGAACUGAAUCCUUGCUCUUAGGUAGUUUUAUUUCAUUAGUAUUGACACUUCGUUUCGCGACCGCCAAUUUAGGUUCCUUCGAUCCAUUAAGCGUCGGAUUAUUUAAAAUUAACUUAUUUAUUCUCGUGUCCAGCUGCUUUUAAUUAACUUACUGAUAAGUUCAGAUUAUUCGUCGAUCGAUCUUAAUGGAUUGAACAGAACCUUUUUGGCGGAAGAUGACAUUUAGAGGACGAUGGACACGCUCGUGUCAAUGGUUUUAGCUUUUCUCGUUAAUCACUGCCGUCGCGAUUCCAAAUGUUAAGCGUGUAUAUAUAAUUUAUUAUAUCGUUAGAGUGUAACAGGCGUAGCUAAUAGUUUGUAAUCGUAAUGUAAAUAUUAUUACGUUGGUCUUUUCGUUUGAUGUGGUUUGUUUAAUAAUAAUUUCUAUUUUCGUUGA